AUGGUGGGUGGUGGAGUUACUGCUAAUGGUGAUCCUAAUAUGGCGAAGGCAUAUCCCGGUAGAGUCACACGGCAUGUCACUAUGGCUUGUAUCUCUGCAGCAUCCGGUGGGCUAAUGUUUGGAUAUGACAUUGGCAUAUCCGGUGGAGUGACAUCAAUGCCUGCCUUUUUGAACAAAUUCUUUCCCGAUGUUUAUCGCAAGGAAGAGCUCGAUCAUUCGGUCAAUCAGUACUGCAAAUUCGACAGUGAGACAUUGACAAUGUUUACUUCGUCCUUAUACUUGGCCGCUCUUCUGGCGUCUUUCUUCGCAUCGGGGGUCACCAGAAAGUUUGGCCGCAAAAGUUCAAUAGUCUCCAGCGCUGUUAUCUUCUUCGUGGGUGCUCUUUUUAAUGCUCUCGCGGUAAAACUGUGGAUGCUUAUUGUCGGACGUAUUUUAUUGGGUUUUGGAGUUGGUUUUAGCACUCAGUCUGUGCCAAUGUACCUCUCAGAAAUGGCUCCAUACAAACGCCGUGGUCUAUUCAACUCAUUGUUCCAGUUUAGCAUCACAAUUGGUAUACUGAUAGCCAAUUUGGUUAAUUUCGUCACCGCAAACAUGAAAAACGGCCAGGGAUGGCGCUACAGCUUGGGUGGUGCCGGAGUCAUAGCUCUGAUCAUCGGAAUCUCUGCCAUUUUCAAUCCCGAGACACCCAAUUCUCUGAUUGAGAGAGGAGACUACGAGGAGGCUAGAAGGAAGCUCCAACAGAUCCGGGGAGAGGAUCUCGACGUUCAGGCCGAGUACAAUGACUUAGUGGCGGCUAGUCGUGCAUCACAAGAAGUGAAGCACCCAUGGCGCAACCUCCUAACAACCAGAAAAUAUAGACCCCAACUCAUCUUGUCCAUUCUCAUCCCAUUUUUCCAGCAACUCACGGGCAUCAAUGUCGUUAUGUUCUACGCCCCGGUGCUCUUCAAAACCAUUGGCUUCGGAAGUAACGCCUCACUCUUCUCGUCCGUAGUUACCGGGGGUUUCAAUGUGCUCGCCACUGUUGUUGCUAUUUUUGCCGUUGAUAAAUGGGGCAGGAGAGCUCUGUUUUUGGAGGGUGGUAUACAAAUGUUCAUUUUUCAGAUUGCAGUGGCCGCUCUCAUUGGGAACAAAUUUGGGAUGUCCGGUGUGGUGACCGACUUACCACGGUGGUAUGCUUGUAUUGUGGUAACGUGCAUCGUCUUUUUCGUUGCUGGUUUUGCUUGGUCUUGGGGACCAUUAGGAUGGCUGGUACCCAGUGAAAUUUUGCCACUAGAGAUUCGUUCAUCGGGACAAAGUAUAGUGGUUUCUGUCAACAUGUUGUUCACCUUCUUGAUUGCUCAAAUCUUCCUCAUGAUGCUUUGUGCCUUCAAGUACUGGUUAUUCGUCUUCUUUGCUUGUUUCGUGGCCAUCAUGACCCUAUUCGUUUAUUUUUUUGUGCCGGAGACGAAGAACAUACCCAUCGAGGAAGUGUCACAAGUGUGGGAAAAACAUUGGUACUGGAAAAGAUUUGUGGACCACCAAGCUGUGGAAACUGAGUUGGCUGUCCAGAAGACAAAGGAGUCUGCUGUAGAGGCUGAGUUGGAUAGCCAGAAGAGAAAAGAGUCUGCAUAG